AUGAAAAUAAAACCUAAUCGUAAAUUUGAAGAAAUUGCAUUAAAAAUUAUUAAUUAAUGUAUUAAAGAAUUCGGUUCUGAUUUGAAAUAUGCUGAAUAAGAAGGAGGCAAAUUACUAUCAAUUGAAUAAACUGAAUAUUUCUUUAAUGAUUAUAUCCAUAAACUAGGAGUCUAAAAUUUGAUUUCUUAUGAAUUUCAAGAUCAUACUGUAGCUCCUACUAGUGUAAUUCAUAAUCCAACUAAUGGUAAAAGCAAAGUAAUUAUUGGUUUGCCUAUAAACUAUCGCAUUAAUCGUAUUGAAGGAGUGCUCAAUCAUGAAAUUGGAACUCAUUUUAUUAGAAAAAUUAAUGAUCGAUAAUAAUAAUGGUAUUAGUCGUAUUAUUUAUAUUUAUAAUUAUAUAUAUAUUUUAUAAUUUUAAAUUAAUAAUACAAAAAAAGGUAUAAAUUAAAAUGAUCAAGAGCUAAAUAUCAUUUGGAACCAUACUUAAAAUAUGAAGAAGGAUUGGCUGUUGUUAAUCAAGUUCUUCCUCAAGCUCUUAAAUAGAAAGGCAAACCUUACUUAUUUAUGGCAGCUUCACAUUAUAUUUCUGUAUAAAAUUAUUAUUAAUAAGUCUAUUAUGGUAGUUAAAUGAGUUUUGCAAAGUUACUUCAAGAAUUAAGAUAUUUUAUAUAAGAUGAUGAAGCUAGAUUUCGAGAAUGUUUGAGAGUUAAGAGAGGUUUGAAAGAUACAUCAUAACCAGGAGGAAUGUACAAAGAUCAAGUGUAUCUUACAGGUGCAAUCAAGAUUUUAAAAUACAGAGGAAAAUUAAAUUUUAUUCAUUUACAUAUUGGAAAGAUUACAAUUAAAGAUUGCUUUAGAUUGGGAGAAAAUGGAUAAAUAUUUACUAAAAAUAUCUAUCUUCCUCCUUUUUUAUAAGAAUUAGAUCAAUAUAAAAAAGGUUUGGAUAAAAUAGCUUCACAAAAUUUCAUUAAUUUUAUAUGA